CUAGACCCGAACUCGCAAACCAUAAACACGGCCCUCUCACGGGGAUAUGGGGUCACUGGUGAAUGAAGUCAGUGCAUGGUCAGGACCACUGAAUGGACUAAACAGGACAAAACAGAAAGAGGAGGUAGGAGAGCUCAUUGGACAUUGUAAGGGGCCAUGUCUUGGUUCCUGGAACGGUGGUUUGCUCCAUGUGAGGCAGUCAUGUGAUAAAAUGUGUUUCUUAGUUGUGAUAAAAUGUGUUUCUUAGUUGGUCAUGAUCAAAAUCAUUUCAGAAACACUGCUGAGUAGAGGGAAUUGAUUGUGAAAAAAUACUCUGCCUGGAAAAGCGGGGCGAGAAGGUGGUUGCAGUGAUGGCAUUUUAGCAACAUUGGAGUGAUGACUAUCUAAACCGCAUGUUUUCUGGUCUAGGAAGAAUGUGUCUGUGUGGUUCUAAGCAAAAUGGUUCCAUGACUUGUAUCUUUACAGCAGCGGCCGUGCUGCUCUGUUUUUGUUAUAACACUUACUGAGGAUUUUUUUCCCCUGUUUUAUGAAACAACCUGCAUGCCAGUGAUAGAUGGGGCUAUCACUGUAGUCCCUGCAGAGCCAACUUUCCAUCCACACACAGUCCUGUGGAUGCCACAGUGUCUUUCCCAUCUGAACCGCAGCAUGGCGGAGACCAGUGGAUUCAAAGCUGGGCUGGCUUAAGCUCUUCAUGGAGCCCUCAGAUGAGCUGUGGGCAGCCGGUCCCACAUUUAUUCAACAUAUUACCCCAUGCCUUUAUCUCAGAGACAGUAGGCAUAGUGAAAAAGGCACCCACAAGCUCAGAAGUCAGACUAGUGUGACCUUCAAUCUGGAAUGUGUUAUUUACAGGCUCUGGGAACUCAGGUGAGUUACUCAAUGUCUCUGAAUCCCGUUUCUUUAGCAGCACAUUAGGGAUAAUCUCCUCCUCAUAGAAUUGCUGUGUGGACUAAAGGGCCUAAUACAACAUUUUGCAUCUAGUAGACCCUCUGCAGUCAUUAUUCCAAAGGGGAAGCUGAUUUUUAUUCCCUCGUGGAGACCCUUUUAUGAUGUUUCAAGACGGAAACGUAGAAUUUCAUUCAGAAAUUUAAAUUCUGAAUCGCAUGGCCAGAGGUAAUAGGUUAUCUUGAUGCAUAACUUAUUGGGAUUUUCCCCCAAAAAGAACUCACUCGCUAGCACCUCCAGACAUGAGGUGAAAUUAAAUAGUCUUAUUUUCAAGUAUGAAGAAUAGACAGGGUACUGCGAGAAUUAGAACCUUUUGAUGUAGUAUUUAUUCAGAAGCCUGUUACCAGAUGACAGGUAUUAAGCAGGCUGUGAUGAUGAGCCAUUCAGCUUCAUUUAACAAUUCAGGAGAUGCUAUGAAAGCAUAGCGACGGGGAAUGGCAGCAUUUUUAGGAAUAAAGGUAGCAUUGAACCUCAUCUCUAUUAAGACCAGGUCUCUCCUGUUCUGACAAAUAGCUCCUGGUGGUCAGUAAUAUCCCAGCUAUCUAAUGACACCGGGAACGACAGUGUCCAGCAGAGAUGAAGUUUUCUGUGUAUUUCAGGUCUGUCCAUUUGAGUGUCUUUUUCUCGUUGCUGUGGUUUGGUAUCAUUCGCAGUACAAGUUCCCGUUGCCACUGUAACAGAUAACCACAGACUCAGCAGUUGAAAAUAACUCAGAUUUAUUAUCUUGUGCUUCUGGAGAUCAGAAGUCUAGAAUCAGUCUCACUGGGCUAGAGUCAAACUGUGGGCAGGGCUGGUUUCUUCUGGAAGCUUUGGGGGAGAACCUGUUGCCAUCCAUGACUUUUCCAGCAUCUAGAGGCCGCCUGCAUUCCUUGGCUCAUGGUGCCUUCUUUCCCUCCUCCAUGCAACGUAGCAUCUUCCCAUCGCUCUGUCUUUUCCGACUAUAAUUCUCCAGCCUCCGCCUUCUCACACAGGAAUCUUUGGCAUUAUUUGGGGCCUACUUGGAUCAUCCAGGAUCAUCUCCCUAGCCCAAGAUCCUUAACUUACAUCAGCAAAAUCCUUUCUACUGCAUAAAGGUAAUAUAUUCACAGGUUCCAGGGAUGAGGCUGUGGACAUCUGUGGGGAGAGGGGACUUAGUCAGUCUGUCACACUUACCAUGUGUUGGAGAACCUCCUCACCAUCUUCAACAGGGACACCAAAACAAACUUCUGGCAUGUGUUGGUAACUCUGGGCCUCUUUGUAUGCAGAGAAAACCCUGCUGUCACUCUAGAUACUUUCACAUCUGAAACCUUCAUCUCCUUCCUUACAUUUACUGUACAAGCAAUAAUAAAGGAAGUGACCGCCACCUAUUGUCUACCAUGUGCCAGGCACAUGAUAAACUUUCUUUUGGCUGUGGGUGUGGUGGCUUACUCCUAUAAUCCCAGUGCUCUGGGAGGCCAAGGCAGGUGGAUCAUUUGAGGUGGGAGUUUGAGACCAGCCUGGCCAAUGUGGUGAAACCCCGUCUCUACUAAAAAAUACAAAAAUUAGCCAGGCGUGGUGGUGGGCACCUAUAAUCCCAGCUGCUCAGGAGGCUGAGGCAGGAGAAUCACUUGAAUCUGUGAGGCAGAGGUUGCAGUGAGCUGAGAUUGUGCCACUGCACUCCACCCUGGGUGACAGAGAGAGACACCUUCUAAAAAAAAAAUAGAUAAAUAAUAUAAACUUUCUCUCAUUUAAUCCUCAUGACAAGCCCCAUAGGGAGGUAGCAUCAGGCCUGUGUUUCAGAUGAGAUGACACAGGCGAUAAGUAAUGUGUCUCAGGCCACGUUACUGAGAUAGGCCAGAGUUAGUCUUCCAUCCCAAGCUCAGGUCACCUCCAAACCUUUGCACUGCUCACUACACUAAACUGCUCAAAACUUUGAGCAAUUUACAUGUCCAGACAGCAUUCUGCAUGCCUACUGUGCACAAGCAUGGUGCCACGAGGGAUACAGAAAUACCUCAGAUGGCCCUUGCCCUCUGUGUGCUUUUAGUUGAUAAGAAUUGACAUUCAUACUGACCAGCAGAAACAAAAAUCUAUGUGUGGAUUCCAGUUGGCUUUCAUUGAAACCAUCAGCCACUGCUGUUUUGGAAAAUCAAUAAUCACAUUAGGUUGUUUUACCUUUUUUGUUGGCUUUUUUUUCUUUUGAAAUAGAGUCUUGCUCUACUGCCCAGGCUGGAGUGCAGUGGCACAAUCUCAGCUCACUGCAACCUCCGCCUUCCAGGUUCAAGCGAUUCUCCUGCUUCAACCUCCCAAGUAGCUGGGAUUACAGGCACCUACCACAAGCCCAACUAAUUUUUGUAUUUAGUAGAGAUGGGGUUUCACCAUGUUGGCCAGGCUGGUCUUGAACUCCUGAUCACAGACGAUCCACCCACUUCUGCCUCUCAAAGUGCUGGCAUCAUGGGUGUGAGCUACCACACCCAGCCUUUUUUUUUUUUUUUUUGAGACAGAGUCUCACUCUGCUGCCUAGACUGGAGUGCCAUAGCUCACUGCAGCCUCAACCUCCUGGGCUCGGGGGAUCCUCCGCCUCAGUCCCUGGGCAGCUGGUACUGCAGGUGUGUCCCACCACCUAUAUGCCUGGCCUGUUUCAGCUUUCGCUGGCAUUUUUUUCUCGUAAGUAUUCAGUAAUUUGGCAUAUUUGGCCACACGACUACUUGCAGUAUAGAGAAAGACCAGAUAGAUUCAAGGUUUCCAAAUGUGCAGAGAGGUUAAAAUAAUCCUGUCUUCUGUACAAAUACUCCUGUCAGGCAGAGACAAAGUCAUUAUCUUACAUGACAUUUUCCUUAAUAGGCAGAGCGGAGGCUUAAGUAUUUAUGGCCAUUUGUUCAAAAACCUUGAAAUCGAUUAAUACUGUAGCAUCUCCUUAGCCAGCAAAGCCAAGCUGAGGCGGAGAAUAUCACUAACGGCUGAGAGUUUGAAGUUGAAAUGCACACCCACAGCAGGGGCACUCGUCAGAGAAUAAUUCCGAAAGCUGACACAGGGUCCUCUUUGCUUUGACAUAGAAAGAAUUCUUUGGGGUCAGUGAGAGUCCUUGGGCAGGCCAAGCAAAGGCUUCAUUUGGAUUUAAUCUGUCUCUGAAAGUGAGUAUUUUGGGCGUGUGAGAUCCCAGCACAAGUCAAGUAGCUCCCAGCAGGCAAGAAUCAGACUCCAGGCAUGAGCAUUGCACACUCUCCUGGAAGAAAGAGCAGUGGCAGGAAGAGUGUCUGCUUCUGGCCUGUGUCCCGAGAACCCCCUGCUGCAGUGGGAGCAAAGCUUUUUAUUUUAUUUAUUUUAUAUAAUUUUGUUCUAUUAAUUUUAAUUUUUUUUUUUUUGAGACAGACUUUCGCUGUUAUUACCCAGACUGGAGUGCAAUGGCAUGAUCUCGGCUCACCACAACCUCCACCUUCUGGGUUCAAGCAAUUCUCCUGCCUCAGCCUCCCGAGUAGCUGGGACUAUAGGCGUGCACCACCGUGCCCAGCUAAUUUUUGUAUUUUUAGUAGAGACGGGGUUUCACCUUGUUGACCAGGAUGGUCUCGAUCUCUUGACCUCGUGAUCCACACGCCUCGGCCUCCCAAAGUGCUGGGAUUAUAGGCAUGAGCCACUGCGUCCAGCCUAAUUUUAAUUUUUUAAAGACCAAGUUUCAUUCUGUCAUGCAGGCUGGAGCACAGUGGAAAUCAUAGCUCUCAGCAGUCUCAGUCUCCUGGGCCCGAGGAACUGGGACUACAAGCAUGUGCCGCCACGCCUGCUAAUUUUUAAAUUUUUUUGUAGAGACAGGGGUCUCGCUAUGUUGCUCAGGCUGGUCUCAAACUUUUGGGCUCAGGCAAUCCUCCUGCCUUGGUUCUCCAUAGUGCUAGAAUUACAGACCUGAGCCACUGUGCCUGGCCCUGAAGUGAAGCUUUUUCAAAUGUGCCAUGUAGAGUCUUCCUCACAGCAUUGCUAUGGCGGGGACUACGUUAGACCGCGCACUAAGGACAUUACCCGUGAUGCACUGACUGUCUGCUCUGCACUACUUCCCACCCCCGCCCCAAGCAAUUCUGACUUGCCACAUUUUAUGCAUGAGCAGAAGAUUCAGUGACUUGCCUUGCAAAAGGCAAAGGUGAGAUUCGGAUCCAAGACAUUCUGACCCCUGAGCCCACACAUUCUUUUUACCAGUGGCACUGUCUCCAGAGAGAUGGGAGCACAAGCAGGUGAAAGGGAGCCCUCAGUCUGGGCCAUUUUCUUGGCCACUAACUCAUCUCAGCUCGAAUCAGGGGCCUGAGUCAUGAUCAGAGAGGCAGUCGGUGGUGCAUAAUUGCUUUCUGCUGUUGACCCCAAGGGAGUCCCUUAGAAACCAAAGGUGAUCCAGCCACACACAAGCUCCUCCCCCACACAUGGGCAUCAAUCUCGGCAUGUUCAGGGUGUCCCCCAAGUGCCAGGUGCUGUUCCAGGCCUGGGGGUGCUGGCCAGAAAGAGGAGCCCGAGGAGAGCUGGGGCUGGAGGCAGUUGGAAAUCAGCGACUGCAACCCAGGAGGGCUGUGGAUUUCGAGAGGUGGACAGGGCAGUAUUCUCAGCAGUAACAGAUGGUGCCUCCAACAUGGCUGAAUUUUCCAGGGCAGAAGCUGCAGACAUGGUUGCCUGCCCUGCAUCCAGCUGCCCAUCAGCAGAUGGGCACACUCCUGGGAGGAUUGGGGGCUACACAGAUCCAGAGAGCUGGAGAGCCAUCCUGGGGUCACAGCUUCUGUGUUCCAUCCCUACAAGAAUGCCAGCCUAGGGAAGCCUGUGACAGCAGCCAGAUACCUGCAUUUUUCUGUAAAAUACACCCAACUGUUUCAAGUUGGCCCCAACGUAUAUUUAACACAUGUAUACAGGUGAAAUUCAGCCAAUGGGCUCUCGACUGUGACCUCUCUUCUUGAGGUCACAAGUCCUAUUAAUAUUUGGGGGUGGGGGCGGAUAUUAAAGAUGGAAGGAAAAAAGACUAAGGAAUGUCCAGACAGGUGCAAGCACUAGACAGCCUUGUCUCAUUCUUGGACCCCGGGGAGGCAAGUGUUCAUGAAGUCAGGGUGGCCAGGGACCGAGGAGGUCCUGCAACAGGGGUGGGGUGGGGAGAAGAUCUAGCCACAGGGAGCUGAUCCCUGAGAGAGCAGUGUCAAUAGUGACAACGGCAUGGGGUGAGCGUGAGCGUCAGCAGCUCAGCAGGAGGACCCUCUGUUUGAGGACAUCUAUGGUAAAUGGAAGGAAAGAAAGUGGUCAGUCACUCCCAGGAAGGCAGACUGAAGGAAGCAUCAUUUAUGUUGCAGAAACUUGAGUCUGUUUCUAAGCCAACGGGAAAAUGCUGGAGGGUUGGGGGGGGAGGGCGGGGAGGGAGAGAGAAGGAAUGGGCUAUGAGUAGCAAGGAUGCCCUUUCCCCCUCAGCUUCAGGAGGAAGGUGAGGGGCACAGUAGACCUCACGGUGGCAGGAAAGCCUGAAAUACCCUCCCUGGCUGGUCUACAUCUUCAGAAGGUAACACCAGGAAGGGCGGCUGCAGCCCUGCAGGUGGGGAUUGGUUUGGGAGAAGGUCCACAGUGCGAUGAGAGAGCAGAGACCCCAGAGCUGGGAAAGCGUGGGGCAGGGCGUGCAUCGGUGGUAACUCUCCAGCAAGACUCAGCAGGCCUGGUGUGGGGAGAACAAGGAGUGCUCCCGGCUGGGGGUGUCCUCCCGGAACAGCUGAGCCUCCUGGAAGUGCCCCUGAAGGUACUGGGAACCAGUGAGUGAGGCGGAAAGGGAGUCAAGGAUCUGUCAGAGCAUAAUUGAGGGGCUAGGGUCCCAAAGAGUAUAGAGACUGACAGUAAGAUCUGGGGGGCAGGGGGAGGAAUGAAUGGGAGUUGGGGGUGCAGGCCCUGUGCACAGGGCUCUGAAUUAGGCACCUUGAAGAAACUAAAGCCUUCACAAGAGCCCCAGGAUCCUUUAGCACCUGGGCCCCCCAUUCCCUCCCUGCCCUCCACCCUUCCUGAUCUCGCUAACCUGCUGCACUAGCUCCCUUUCCACUCUCCAGUUUACCAGACCUCUCCAUCCUCAGGCCGUGACUAUUCUCAGCCCUCCACCCAGCCUGUCCCACCCCAGGUAUCAGCUCAGAGAUCACCCUGGGGAGGCCCCCUGCCCUGGUGACCCUAUUUAAACCUGCAAACCUCUAGUCCCACCGAGCACCACUGACCCUGUCUCUGCUGUUUUUUAUGGCACUUGUUCCCCUUGGAGGGACAAGGAUGUACUCCUGGAUGGAUUCUUCAGUCUAUCCCACCAGGCUCCACCAAGGGCAGGAUUUCAUCUGGUGUUGGCUGCUGUUCCCCCACACCAGGGUGUGGAGCAGUGCCUACCACUCAGUGUGUACUUGGCAUGAGUGCCUGCAUGCUGCACUCCUAGAUGUGGCCACCUAGGAAUCUGCCAUGGGGACACCGCAGGAGGACAGAAAUGAAACCCUGGAGACUGAGAGGGGUGGAGCUCUUUGGCAAGGUGAUUGGAAGGGUGAUUUCUAAGGCCAUCACAGGUGUGGGGCUCAUGGUGGAUGACACAGGGCACAGAAGGGCCACACCCCUUCAUGUCAUCGGCUGAAGAGAGCCAGCAGGUUGGGAGACCUGAGUGUCUGAAGGUCAACGGGAUAUCAACCCAGGUCCAGCUGCCCCCAGAGACUUCUCCUGGCCUCUGGGGAAAGGAUUGUAGAGAGGGAUAGAAAAUAAUAAGCAUAUCUAAAAAUUCAAAGAGAAAAUAACUCGUGGUAUACACACAGCUGGGUAGUCAGGCAGUAAAUUAGCAUUUGCCACCUAGAAGAAAGAGGGAGAGUGAGAUACAGAGAGAGAGAAAAGCCAGUCAGCACCAACAAUGGCUCCUGUGCAAUCAGCUGCUUCUGAACCACAGGCCCCACACCAGCCCAGCACAGGUGGGAGCCAAGAAAAGCACUUGAUGAAAGAAAGAGAAUGAUAAACCAAAGGACAGCUUUCUUUCUAUCGAAGGCUAAUUUCUCUCUAUGGAAGGUCAUGGUCCAAUGACUCCAGUGUUAUAAGAGAAAAUGAAGAUGCUGCUCUCCCUCAAAGAAAUAUUUAAAGAGCCAAAGCCAGGCUUUCCUUCGGGGUCUUCAAGUUGUGCAAUUCUCAGGUCUUUUUUAGGAAUUAUGUUGGUUUUAUUGUCUCAUAUAUUGCAUUGUCUGCCUGUAGCUGUUUAACUGUCUCAUAAUUCUCCUGGCCUUGGAGUUUAAUCAGUUUAGCCUCUUCUCUGGAGCACUGGGUACCUUCUGUAAUAUUGUGGUCUGUGAAACAAAUGUGGCCCCUCCUUUCUUCUGAGCACCCCGACUUCCAAUUCUUCCUCCAGAAAUAACCAGCUCCUGGUGGAUUUGCUGCUGCUUCGCGAAUGCUGCUACAUCCUAGACCGGGGCUGAGCACUUGUUUUUGUUUAAUUCUAAGUCAGUUCUAAUUACUAGUUGGUGAAACUGAGGGACAGAGAUUUGUUCAUUUUCCCCACCUUCCCAGUUCAAGGGCUUUGAACACAGGGCUGAGCAGCUUUUCCCUGCGGUGACUGUUACCCUGGGAGGAAAGGCCUGCGGAUAUCGGUUCCGAUGCUACCCAGAGAACAUGUCACUCCACGUGCGCCAGUGAGCUGCUCUCACAAGCCCGUUACCAGUUUUCAGGGCCCGGAUGAUGCUUGUUAGACUUCACUCCUGAGAUUUGGCAGCAGGCACUGAUUGGCCCUUUAUUUAGGGAUUUGUUUAAAUUCUGUAAAAGUGGGUCAGAUUUCUGAGCUUUACUUCACCCCUUUCUUUGUAACGUUGCCCAGGCGAUGAGCAGGAUGAAGGUGGGUAUCGUGAGAGAUGACUAACAUUUGUUCAUUUCUUGCUCUGCACCAUGCACUUAGGCCUGUUAUCACAUUUAAUUCUUACAGUAGUCAUCUGAGGUAAGUAGUAGUAUUCAGGCUUUACAAACAUGGUAAAGGAGACUUGGAGAGGAGAAGGGACCUUCGCAGAUGGCACAUGGCAGGGGCAGAAUGCUGGCCCGCCAGCCUCAGAGCACAGGCUGGCACUCCGAUGCCAUGUGCAACCAGUUGCCAUCUCAGUGUAUCACUUACUGCCCUGUCUCCAAAACCCGUCUGUAGAGAUCCACUAGACUGAGACUUCCUGGCUCUGGAAAGUCUUUUAAUCCAGCUAAUAAAGCUCCUACAGACACAACAGUUAUUCCUAACUCACACUGUGUUCCUUUACUGUACAAGCAGUUAUUUUGUUCUGAUGCACAAUUAACAUUUUGCACAGCUCUUCUGCUGAGCCCAGAGGAGGCCUGAGAUGGGCAGGGUCCCACAGGUGGGUCCCGAGCUGGGACUCCUGCCCAGCUCCUCUCCAGCACCUGCUACCCCCCUGCCACCCUCAGAGGGGAGACCAGGGACGAGGGCUGCUGCUGAUUGAGCCUGGGAACCACUUGGAGAGAGGCUGCAAGGCCAGCAACAAUGCAUUUGACUCUGGAUUGGUUCCGUUCUGCUGUGUUUCAGCCUAACAUGGUCUUAAUAUCUACCCCUGAAGGGAAGACUUCCUGUUGGAUUUCUGGUGGCUUCUUCUUCCUCAUUGUAUGAUAAACUGUGUUAGUUCCUUCUUGCAUUGCGGUACAGAAAUACCUGAGACUGGGUAAUUUAAAAAGAAAAGGUGUUGAAUUGGUUCACAGUUCUGCAGGCUGUACAGGAAGCAUGGCUGGGGAGGCCUCAGGAAACUCACAAUCACGGAGGAAGGCAAAGGGGAAGCAGGCACAUCUUCCAGAGCCAGAGUAAGGGCAAGAGGGACAGAAGCGGGGUGCUACACACUUCCAAACAACCAGAUCUCGUGAGAACUCUGUCACGAGAUUAGCACUGGGAGACAGUGCUAAACCAUUCAUGAGAAACUGCUCCCAUGCUCCAGUCACCUGCCACCGGGCCCCCCUCCAGCACUAGGGAUUAUAUUUCAACAUCAAAUGUAGGCGGGGACACAGAUCCAAACCGUGUUAUAAACUCUGGCUACAGUUCUGCUAUUUUAAGAACUUAGGGUGACAUCUGUAUAAGAAGAUAUAAUCAUAGCAUCUUCCUCAAAGCCCACCUGUGAGGGCUCAGUGAGUCUGGCCAUGAUGACUUAGAGGGAGCACUCCAGAAAGCCUUGUCCAUGAUUUGGCCAUUGUUUGAAGCAUUUAUUGAUACGUAAUCACCCCAGAACAUAAUGGCUUACAACAAUAAUCAUGUUGGGCCAGGUGUGGUGGCUCAUGCCUGUAAUCUCAGCACUUUGGGAGGCCAAGGCAGGAGCAUCACUUGAGGCCAGGAGUUCGAGGCCAGCCUGGCCAACAUGGCAAAACCCUAUCUCUACUAAAAAUACAAAAGUUAGCUGGGUGUUGUGGCAGGCACCUGUAGUCCCAGCUACUCAGGAGGCUGAAGCACGAGAGUCACUUGAACCUGGAAGGCAGAGGCUGAGGUGAGUUGAGAUCACGCCACUGCUCUCCAGCCUAGGCAACAGGGAAACUCUGUCACCAAAUAAAUAAGUAAAGUUAAUGCUGUGAUUCUUGGAGUCGGGGCCUCCAUCAGGACCUGGCAGGUGGACAGACUCCUUGCUGCCGCAGGGCCAUCCCUACCAGGGCUCUGCUGGGGCUGGAGGACCUAAGGUACCUUCCAGCUGUUGGCCAAGGCCACACGGGUUCUCCUCUACCUGGUCCUUCCGUCCAUGCAGCCACUUGUCACUGAGCUUCUUGACGUGGUGCUGGCUAUUAAAUGGGCAAAAAAACAGAAGCCACGGGCUGCUUACAUCUAUACCUGGAACUUACCUGUGUUACUCUACCACAUUCUGUAGGUCAAGGACAGUGAGGACCAGGCAGAGGGUCCCUCUCCUGUCCUGUGUUGUAGAGCAGAGAUGAGCAAACUUUCCCUGCCAGGGACUAGACAGAAAAUAGGCUUUUCCUAAAUCUAAAUUUUAGCUUUUUGCCAAGAGGCAAAAUUGAGCAACUGUUCUUGCCAAAAGGCGAAUAUAUUCUUUCUUAUGAUUUUCAUUUUACACUUAAAAAUGUAAAAAGCAUGCUUAGCUCGCAGGCUGUACAAAGACGGGAUUUGGCCCACAGGCUACAGUUUGUGAAGCCCUGCCUUUUUGGGCUCUCCUUUGCCCCCCCCCCAGUCCCCAUUCUGGGCUCUCCUUAUAGGGUUCGAGUCUACAGAGCGAAUGCCCACUCAGAUUCUGCAUUCUGACCCCUUUUAGACAAAAACCUGGGUACUCAGAACCUGGAAUUCCCUUCCAGGGCAUCUUCCCAAGAUCCGUCCUUCCUGUGAACACCACCCUGCUGGCAUAUGCACUCCUGCACCCGGUGGAGAAGUCAGUGGGCGGCUAUUUGCAGGGGGCAGUGGGAUGUAGCUUAGACCUGCAGGUUGGGGUGCCAUGAUGGCGAGGACCUGGGAAGAGAAGAGGGGUGAGCCAUGUCAGUGUUAUAUCCUUAGGCCUCCACAUACUGGAGUGGAAUCUCAGGGGUCCAUGAAUUCUUUUUUUUUUUUUUUUUUUGAGACAGAGUCUCACUCUGUUGCCCAGGAUAGAGUGUAGUGACGUGAUCUCGGCCCACUGCAACCUCUGCCUCCCGGGUUCAAACAAUUCUGCCUCAGCCUCCCGAGUAGCUGGGAUUACAGGUGCACGCCACCACACCCAGCUAAUUUUUGUAUUUUUAGUAGAGACAGGGUUUUACCAUAUUGGUCAGGCUAGUCCCGAACUCCUGACCUCAGCCACCUCAGGAGUGAUCCGCCCGCCUCAGCCUCCCAAACUGCUGGGAUUACAAGUAUGAGCCACUUUGCCUGGCCUGGGUCCAUGAAUUCUUAAGUCAAACUUGGCUUUCCAGGUCUUGGGAAAUGUUAAGGCCUAAACUGCAUCCCCCCCUUACCCUCCCCCACCCCCCAGAAAUCCAUGUGCUGAUGCCCUAACUCCCAGUGUGACUGUUCUGUAGAGAUAAGGCCUGGAAGGAGGUAAUGAGGGGAGAGUGAACUCAUGAAGGUGGGGCCCUGAUCUGCUAGGAGUGGUGUUCUUAUGAGGAGAGGAAGAGGCCACAGGAGUGUGCACACAUGAAACAAAAGCCACGUCAGGACACAGUGAGAGGGAGGCAGCCUGCACGGCACCCAGCAAGGCCUCACCAGAAGCCCACCUGCCAGCACCUUAAUCCUGGAUUUCCAGCCUCCAGACCCAAGAGAAAGUUCUGUUGUUUAAGCCACCCAGUCUGUGUGCUGUCUUAUAGGGGCAGCUCAAGCCAACCUACAGGAAGGUACAUGUGUCAAGGGGCAAGAGACAGCAUACUGUAUUUUUAACAGUCUGUUAGCUUGAUUUGUAAUACUCAUAUUUAGAUAAAAAGUAUAUGAGUCUUAGUUAUUCUUGUCCCGACUUCCUCACCCCACAUGUUAGAGAUGGCCUCAUCCUACAUCAAUAGGAAGUUGUGGGUUAGGGCCAAGUAUAUUAUGUUAUAAAGCAAGGCAUAUUGUAUAUAUUCAUAUAUUUUUUCAUAUAUAUAUGUAAGUGUAUGUAUUCAUACAAUCAACAUCAUUUUCACUCCUAUCAAGCAAAACAGGAAGGAGAAAUAAAUAAAGGCCCCAGAGGGCAGGGGGAAUAUCUCAGAUGUCUUUGCCCCAUUCCCAGCUCCUGCUUACACAGAGCGGGCACCAUGAGCAGCGGGAAAGCAAGAACCGGUUGAGUCCCGGCCCCAUCUGCCACCUCUCCACUGUGUGUGUGACUGUGGUCACCUCACUUGAGCUUGCUAUGCCUCGACGUCUCCAGGGGUAAAGGAGGGUACCACCUAGCACAGUGCUGGCUUAAAGACUGUGCUCAGGGGAGGCUUUGAUUCACAUUUGAUUUAUAGUCAGUAUUACAUUCUCAGUGCAGCUCACCAUUAAGGAGCUUCCUGAGAACUUCAGACUUGGAAAAGAGAGGAUCUGUUACGUCAAUCAAAGAAAUAGAGGUGUCUGAUUUCUUUGAUUGACGUAACAAGAAAUUACAGAAGUUAGUUGGGCAUUGUGCUGGAGAGGUCAGGUGACCCAAAUCAAUUAGAUGGUGUUUUUCUAGCCCCAGUGGUUCUACUGUCACCUUCUCGGCUUCUGCCAGGAUCAGCUAGCUCUACAGAAGAGCUAAAAAGAGAUUGAUCCCAAUCUGGAGCUUACUUGGAAGCAUUCCAUGAAGACUUGAAACGGUGCUGCUUUCUCACCACACGACCCAGUACUGUCAUUGCCUCCUCUGAGGAUCACAGAAACUCACACCCCACGGUCCCGGUACACAUUCCAGACUUGCAGAAGCGCUGCAUGGGGUUGCAGUGGGGGGAAUGCCUUUCUGCCAGAUCAAAAGCCCAGUACUUUAUUCAGAAUUUUAUUUAUGGCUCCUUCAGAAGGUUAGUGCAGUCACACCUCCCUAAUAACUGCCUCAUCACACAUGAUUCAGGUGUCCUGGGGCCACUUCACACUCCUGGCUUCCUGGCCCAAAGCCUAGGAGACCGCUGAACCCCACGGCCUGACAUUAUUUGCCGGCAAGAUACCACUGUGAAGUGUUUGUCUUUUCUUAUGGCUUAUCUGACUGAAGAUGGUUCUUUUUGUCAAACACCUUUCCAAUUCUUUGUGUUGGCUGAGCACCCAGGGCUGUCUUGCCCAGCCUUGAAUUGUUUCCAGGUAACUUGCAGGCUAAUAUUGUACAAUUCUUUUCUGCAAAGAAAAAGUACAGACUCGUGGUUUCCAGUCCAGCAUGUGAGGAGCUUAGACGUCAUCAUUCCAUCCUAACAAGUGAAAAGCUAGACUGAAAAAUCAACAAGUUUUCCUAGAGCCAUUGGUGCCUCCCACAUGGGAGACCAGGGUUCAUUUCCUGGCCAGUGCACCAGCAUGAUGGCUCAGUGGUAGAAUUCUCACCUCCCUAGAGUCUUCAGAAAAGUGAGGUAACAGGCCAAGCCACUGUCUCCAAAAUUAGAAAGACAGAUAGGCAGAUACAGAAAUUUGCACAGGGUGCAAAACCCUGAUCCAUAAUUGGCAAAUUGCUGGAGGCCAAGUGUGGACAAGUGUGAGAAUCCAUCAUGAGGACCCCACGCUUUUUUGAGUUUUCCCUCAAGAAGCUCUACUAGGUCCUCACAGUAAAUUCUGAAGAAAAACUGCCUCAUGCUUCUGGCAGGGAGAGGAGAAAAGUAAUAAGCAUUGUGAAAUAUGCCAGAGCAUCCCAUUCUUCUUAACAAGGGCAUCCCUCAGGAGACACUCUACCUAGAAGAAGGGAUAUACCCUAUUUCAGUCCCUUCCAGCCAUCCUCUCCCACCUAAGAGAAGGAGGAGGGAGAACGAGAAGCAUUUGUGAAGGUCACAAGCCACAGGCACAGGCUCCCCACAAGACAGAGACCUCAUCAUCACCCCAUACAACACUUCCCCUCUCCACGCCUCAUCACCACAUCACUAAAGGCUCAUGUACCACAGAUUCUCUCACCCGUGUGCCACGUCCGGCCACCAAGAGAACAAUGACAGCACACUAAACGGCAGAAAAGCAGUGUGAAGAGAUGAAACAAGCAACAGACACAGACUCAGAUGUGGCAAGGAUAUUGGAAUAUCCAAGAAUUUAUUUAUCAUUUUGGAUGGAGUCUUGUUCUGUCACCCAGGCUGGAGUCCAGUGGCACAAUCUCGGCUCACUGCAACCUCCACCUCCUGGGUUCAAGCAAGUCUCCUGCCUCAGCCUCCUGAGUAGCUGGGAUUACAGGCAUGAGCCACCAUGCCCAGCUAAUUUUUCUUUGUAUUUUUAGUAGAGACAGGGUUUCACCAUGUGGGCCAGGCUGGUCUUGAGCUCCUGACUUCAAGUGAUUCACCUGGCUCAGGCUCCCGAAGUACUGGGAUUACAGGUUGAGCCACCACACCUUGCCAUAACCAGGAAUUUUUUUAAACUAUGAUUAAUUUGCUAAGGGCUUUAAUGGAAGAAAGCAGACAGCAUGUAAGAACAGAUGGGUAGUGUAAUCAGAGAGAAAUUCCAAGAAAAAGAGAUGGUAGAGAUCGGAAGUACUGGGGCAGAAGUGAAGAAUGCCUUUGAUGGGCUCCUCGGUAGUCUGGACACAGCUGAGGACAGAAUCGCUGAGCUUGAGGAUAUGACCCUAGAAGUUUCCAAAAUGGAAAAGCAAAGACUGAAAAAGAAAACAUGGAACAGACUAUGCAAGAACUGUGGCUCAGCUACACCAGAUACAACAUAUGCCCUGGGAACACCAGAAGGAGAAGGGGGAGAGAAAGAAGGAAUGUUUGCAGCAGUCAUAACAGAGAACGUCCCCUGAAUUAAUGUCGGACACCAAAUCACAGAUCCAGGAAGCUCCAGUAACACAAAGUAGGACAAAUGCUCAAACAAAACAAAACAAAAUCUAGGCAUGUCGUAUUCAAACUGCAGAAAACCAAAGAAUUUUGAGGGAAGCCCAGACCAGGGGGAAAAAACACCUUGCCUAUAGAAGGGGAAAGAUAGUAGAGUGAAAUAUUUAAAGUUUUGGGAGAGAGAGAAGAAAAAACCAGCCUAGGCUUGUGUACCCUGCAAAAUUGUCCUUCAAAAGUGAAGGAGAAAUACCUUCUCAGACAAAAACAAAGGAAAUGUGUUGCCAGCAGACCUGUCCGGCAAGAAAUGUUACAAGAAGUUCUUUAGAGAGAAGGAAAGUCAUAUAAGUCAGAAACCUGGAUCUACAUGGAGCAAGAAAGGGCAGGCUUCGCAGAUGCCGCCGCCACCCAUUGCCCGCUGCGCCCGCUGUGGCCAGCCCUGCUCUGUCCUUGAGCCUGAGGCUGUAUCUCUUUCAAGCUGUUUGCAGACUGCAUUCCAAAAGCAGCAGAAAACUUUUGUGCUCUGAGCACUGGAGAGAAAUGAUUUGGUUCCAAGGGCUCUUUGCUUUCACAGAAUUAUUCCAGGGUUUAUGUAGCAGAGUGAUCACCUCACACAUUAUAAUAGUCCUGGUGUCAAGAAAGAAAUUUGAUCUAUGGGAAGAAAUGUGAUGGCGAGCACUUCAUCCUGAAGCAUAUGGGUCCUGGCACCUUGUCCAUGGCAAAUGUUAGACCCAAUGCAAAUGAUUCCCAGUUUCUCAUCUGCACUGCCAAGACUGAGUGGUUGAGAGGCAGAAUGGCAUGCAUGUGGUCAUUGGCACAGUGAAGAGAGUACCAGGGAGGCCAUGGAGCACGGUGGGUCCAAGAUUGGCAAGACCAGUGAGAAAAUUAUCAUUGCUGACUGUGGACAACUCUAAUAAAUUUGACCGAUAUCUGUCUUAACCACCAGACCAUUCCUUCUGUAGCUCAGGAGAGCACCCUCUACCCCAUUCACUCUCAGGGUCCUCUAGUCUUGGUGCUCUCGAUGCAGGCCUUUGGGUUCCAUAUUUUCCUUAUUCCCUUCCAUACCUAGCUGGAUCGCAGAGGUACAUUUAUGAAAUAAAAACUAACAAACAAGGAAGAGCAUCAGAGCAGGAAUAAAUUAAAGUACUUUUAUUUUCAGUAUUCUUGAUGUAACAUGAGUUUUUUCAAAAUAAUAGCAACAACGUAUUCUAGUGUGUGUGUGUCCUACCUAUAAGUGAAAUGAAUGAGAGGAGUGACAGAAGGAGAAGAGGGAAGAAUUAGGAUUAUUUUGUUAUUAUAAGCUACUUUCACUGUGCAUGAAAUGUUACAGUGUUAUUUUAAAGUAGACUUGGGUUCAUUGUAAAUAUAUAUUACAUAUUCUAGGGCAACCACUAAGAAAAUGAAAAAAGGCAGUAGCUGAUAAGAAAAGAAACAAUGGAAUCAUAUAAAAUGCUCAGCUAAACCCACAAGAGGCAGGAAAAGAAUGGGAAAUAAAACCCAGUGGACAAGGACAGCAAAUAGAAAACACUAACAAAUAUGGGAGCAGUUAAUCCAGUUAUAUCACAAAUCGCGUUCAAAAUCAAUGGUCUAAAUGCAGCAAUUAAAAGAUUGCCAGACUAGAUCAAAAGUAAGACUUAACUCUAUACAAGAAAUCUACUCUAAGUAUAGACAUGUAUAGAUUAAAAGUAAAUGGGUAUAGAAGAUAUACCAUGCUAAUACUAAUCAAAAGAAGGUAGGAAUCACUAUAUUAAUUGCAGAUAGAGCAGACCUCAGGGCAAGGAAAGUUAUCAUGGAUAAAGAAAGGCAUUACAUAAUGAUAAAGGGAUCAGUCUCCAAGAAAGCUUAGCAGUUGUUACUGGGUGCACCUAACAGCAGAGCAUUGAAAUACAUGUGGCCAAAUGCUGCAGGUACAAGUAGAUGAAUCAGUCGGGACAGAGUUGAACUCAGCAGUACUGUCCUGCAGACUACUUUAUCCACAACAGCAGAAUGAACAUCCAUUCUUCACAAGCUCACAUAGAGCAUUCACUAAUAUAGACUACAUUCUGUGCCAUAAACCACACCUUAACAAACUGAAAAUGAUAGAAACCAUGCAGUGUCUUCUCUCAAACCACAAUAGACCUAAACUAAAAAUCAAUAACAGAAAGAUAGCUAGAAAAUUCCAAAAUACUUGAAGAUUAAAGAACACUUCUAAAUAAUGUGGGUCAAAGAAAUCUAAAGAUAAAUUUAAAAAUAUUUUUAAGUAAACGAAAAUUCAGAUACAGCUUAUCAGUUGUUGUAGGGUGCAAUGAAAGCAGUGCUUAAGAAAUUUAUAGUAUUAAAUGCAUAUAUUAGAAAAUAAAGAUCUAAAAUCAAUCCCCCAAGCUUCCAUCUUAGGAAGCUAGAGAAACAAGAGCAAAUUAAAUCCACAGUCAGCAAAAGAAAAGAAAAAUUAGAACAGAAACCAAUGAAACAGAAAAUAAAAAACAGGGAAAAUCAACAAAUCCAAAAGCAAGCUCUUUGAAAACAUCAAUAAAAUUGAUAAGUCUCAAGUCAAAUUUAAAAAAAGAGCACAAGUUACUAAUAUCUGAAAUGAAAGAGAGAACAUCACCAUAGAUCCCAUGGACAUUAGAAGGAUGAUAAACAAAUACCAGCAUAGAAAACUACAGACUGAUACCUCUCGUGAACAUAGAUGCAAAAGUCCUCAACAAAAUAUUAGCAAAUCGAUCCAACAUGUACAAAAGGAAUUUACUGCAGUUUGAAGCCAGUGUAAACAAUUGCAAACGCUGCCUUGUACCAUUUCAUCUUUUUCUGGCCUUUUAUGUGAGGAGUACUUAGGCUGUUCUGCUGUUUGCUUCCCAUUCUUACAGGGAAGUAAAAGGUGGCUACUAUGAAUAGAUUAUAAAGCACUUUCAUUGGUAUAAUUACCAUUAGAGAAGUCAUUUUCUGUUUUCUCUAAUUCUACAUAGAGCCACAAUUUUUGUCUAAGUAGAAUAUACUUAGUUUGGACUCUAGACUCUGUUUUUAAUCUCGUGGCAAUUUUCUUUAUUUAAUUUAUUUGGUGGUGGUGGUUGUCGAGAUGGAGUCUCACUCUGUCGCCCAGGCUGGAGUGCAGUGGUGCGAUGUUGGCUCAUUGCAACUUCCACCUCCUGGGUUCUCGUGCUUCAACCUCCUGAGCAAUUCUCAUGCCUCAACCUCCUGAGCAGCUGGAAUUACAGGCAUGCAUCACUUCGCCCAGGUAAUUUUUGCAUUUUUGUAGAGAAGGGGUUUCACCAUGUUGGCCAGGCUGGUCUUGAACUUCUGAACUCAAGUAAUUUGCCCACCUCUGCCUCCCAAAGUGCUGGGAUUACAAACGUAAGCCACUGUGCCUGGCCAUUUUCUUUAUUUUUAUAUAAUGCAUUUUGCCCAAGGAUUUCAAAUAUUACAGUCAUUUCCCAUGUGAUAUAGUAAGAUCCUUGAUCUUGGAUAUCGUAUCUUAGCGUAUUUGUCUGUUUUCCCUGUUACAUUAGUAAUCUGUGAUACCUAGCAGAGUGCUCAACCCACAGAAAUAUACAGUCAGCCAUAGUCAGUGGGAAUGAGCAAAGGAGAGGGCGGAGGGUUCUAAUAUCAUGAGAAAGAAGCCUAAAAUUUUGCUGCUCCAGUAAAAAUCAAUUUCACUGCCCAAGGGGAGGUUUUUUAAAAUCUGUUUGAUUCACUUCUGUACCUGACUGGCUUCUGAUUUGCUAUGUCUGAUACACAGUAGGUUAAUAUUUGCUGAAAGAAUGAAUGGAAGGUUUAUUGUCGCUUAGGAAAUUCCAGGUGCCAACAAUCAUUUUAGAGUGUUUAAUAUAUAUUUUUAGUGUUACCUGUCAUACCAAAAUGUUUUCUCUGUCCCCCUCUGAGUCAAGUUUAGUUUACUGCCUUGAAUAAUUUUCACCCACCUGCUUAUUUCACUUAUUUCCAAAUGGUGCUGUUUGGAUGUGCCAGUUCUUAUUUCUGAUGUUAGGCAGUAUGGAGUUAUGUAUAUUCAACUCACCUGCUAUAAGCACAUUUUAAUACACAUAAUGCCAUUUAAUCCCCACCACCCACUUGCCAGGUGGGUGCUGAAAUUCUAAGAUCACAGCUGAGGACAUGGAAGCUCAGAGAGGCUAACCAGUUUGCCCAAAGUCACAUACUCCUGGCCUCCAGCAGAUGGGUUCGGAGCUCUCUCACCACAUUAUGCUUCCCGCUUGUAUUCUGAGCUUGGCUAUUCCAUUGGAAAGGAGUUUGAUUAGGAAGUGUCUCAACUGAGAGUUGGGGUAUCUCACUUCUCCCCUGCUGUGGGGCUUUCUGCUUAUCACACUCCAGUCUCAGUUCUGAUGCUUUAGAAAGCGGACACAGUCAGGAGACCUGAGGCCUCUCUCUUCCUGAUGGUGCUGCUAACUAGUCCCAUGACCUCAGCAAGCCGCUGUGACACUAUGAGCCUCAUGAUCUUCUUCAGAACCUUGAAAACACCUUUUUUAUUGUUUUUAGACAGAGUCUUACUUUGUUGCCCAGGCUGGAGUGCAGUGGUGCCAUCUCAGCUCACAGCAACUUCCACCUCCUGGGUUCAAGUGAUUCUCCUGCUUGAGCCUCCCAAGCAGCUGGGAUCACAGGCAUGUGCCACCAUGUCCAGUUGAUUUUUGUACUUUUAGUAGAGACAGAGUUUUACCAUGUUGGUCAGGCUGGUCUCGAACUCCUAACCUCAAGUGAUUCUGUUGCCUCGGCCUCUCAAAAUGCUGGGAUGACAGGCAUGAACCACCACUCCUGGCCUGAAAACACUUUUCUAAAUCACCGCUCCAGACUUAGCAAUCCAGCAAUUCUAACAGCCCUUUUGCUUUUGCACUUUAGAGACAGGCAGUGUCUGUGGAGUGGUCUCGGAUCAGAUCCCUUUGUUCUCCAGCACCACCUUGUGUCUGCCCCAUGCCUGAGGUUCUGGUGCUGGUACAGAGGUGGAUUGCCCAGCCCCAACCAGGGGAAGUCUGGGUUGAGUUGGGGCAGACAGUCUCAGUAGAACAUGACAAAGGUUUCAGGACUUGUGGGCCCCACAGAAACAAGUGGAGAAAACAGUUAUCAAACUCAAGAUCCCAGCUGUCAGAUCAGAACACCCAAAACACCUUCAGGCCUGUCUUCUUUCCUUCCAAAUGGUGCUGUCUGGAUGUGUCAGACGUGUUUUUGACCAUUCUGUAAAGAGUGUCUCUUGUGUCCUGCGUUCUAUCCUUGGGAAUGUAUGAUGGUUUUCAAAACAACUGUAAUUCUUCCAUCAAAAUGGUUUUGAUUUUUGAAAAACGGAAAGGACAUUCUUUGUUUCCCCGAGACAGUAAAAGGACUCGUGUGUGUUUUAUGCAUAGAGGCCACUGUUACUUUGUAAUGACAGCUUGGGAAGAGGCUUUUGUGGCCAGGCCUUUUAUGUAAGAGUGGGCUCUAGGGCUUUGGUGAGUAGGUACGGAACAAAGAUGAAGAGUAGAAUCCCAGUUCAAGUGCAGCCAAGAACCGGAGAGUGAAUGUUCAUACGCAUACUUUAUUAUAGGUCCAUGGGGUCCUUCAAGCAAAAGCCUUCCAAGCCAAGAGUUCCUGAGUGAAGGAGGCAUCUUGACUGCUUUGAUCGUGUUGAGCAUUUGGGCCCCUUUUCAGCAGGAGUCAUGUAAACUGGGCGAGUACCCACUGUAGCUGUCUAGGGAACCACACUGGAUCGAGGCCUUCAGUAUAAAAAAAGGGUCAGAAGUAUGGAUGCCAAAGCCGAAGGCCAGGGUUCUGAUCCACGCGUUGCUGCUUGCAAGCUGUGUAACGCUGGGCAAGCUACUCUACCUCUCUGUGCCUUAUUUCCUUGUCUUUGCAAUGGGCCUUACAAGGAUUAGAUGAGCUUCGGAGCUGAAAACCCUGGCUCCUGGGACAUGCCUAUGGUGGUCAUGUUGGUUACAGCUACUUUUAAUAUUGCCAAUAUCAUCUGGAACCUUCCCGUGUCUUCCUCAGGCUCUCCCAGGCUGGAGCUUUCAGAAGUUAUAAGGCUCCUAGAGUCCUAUCCUCUCUGGGAGGCAUUUGGGUGUGAAGCCCUGGUAGAGAGUGGAAGGCCGAGUGGCCUUGGAGUGACAUCCAUCCAGCUGCUUCAGGCCCUUGGCCUGGUACAAGACAAGAAGUUACCCCGGUCCCUUUCAUGCCCUGGUCCUGUGCCCGGGCUGGAAGAAAGCUCAUUCAUAUCUCACUUGUACAAGACAGUCAGGCAUUUGUAACAUCCUGACAUUCCCCCAAGCAGUUGGCUCUUGUAAGUAUAAUAAUAAUGAUCUUAAUGACAAAUAGCAGUAAAAUUGAAUGACAGUGGCCCUGUUGGGGUCUGUCCUUGGAGCCAAAGAUAAACCUCUUCUCUGCAGCGGGGAAAUCUGCCAGCUCUAGCCCUUCUUGCCAACUCUGCCUCUUCUUUUGUGAGUUUCUUCAUUAUAGGAAACCAAAUUGUCAUCUCAGCCCCUUGCCUGAGGCUUCAGGAUAUCAGGCAGCCCUGGGCUUGGCUGCAAGCCCGCAUUGGCCCACAAGCACCAGAGAUACCUGCUCUUGUCCCCAGAGGGGACAGACUCAAGAGAGUCUCCUCAUUCAUUCUGUGGUCUCUGAGCCUGGUCCUCAGCCCAAAGCUGGCUCCCUAGACCAAGAGAGAGAGAGAACCAGAGUGGGUCAUAGGAGCUGGUAGAAUUCAUAGGGUCUCAGCCAGCACUGUUCAACAGAAGGACAAUACAAGCGGAAACUAUAUUUAGCAGCCACGUUUUUACCAAGUUGGAAACAGAUGAAGUUAACUUAUUGAUUAAUAAAAACAUUUAAUACAGGCCAGGCAUGGUGGCUUAUGCCUAUAAUCUCAUUACUUUGAGAGGCUGAGGCAGGCAGAUCACCUGAGAUCAGGAGAUUAAAACCAUCCUGGCCAACAUGGGAAACGCCAUCUCUACAAAAAUACAAAAAUUAGGCAGGUAUAAUGAUGGGUACCUGUAAUCCCAGCUACUCAGGAGACUGAGGUGGGAGAAUGGCUUGAACCCAGAAGGCAGAGGUUACAGUAAGCCAAGAUUGCAUCACUGCAUUCCAGCCUGGGUGACAGAGCAAGACAAUGUCUCAAAAAAUAAUAAUAAUAAUGAGCUAUUUGAGUUUUUUUUUGAGAUGGAGUCUCUCUUUGUCGCCCAGGCUGGAGUGUAGUGGCACAAUCUCAGCUCACUGCAACCUCACCUUCCUGGGUUCAAGCAAUUCUCCUGCCUCAGGCUCCUGAGUAGCUAGGACUACAGGCAUGCACCACCAUGCCCUGCUAAUUUUUGUAUUUUUAGUAGAGAUGAGGUUUCGCCAUGUUGGCCAGGCUGGUCUCAAACUCCUCACCGAGGUGAUCUGCCCACCUCGGCCUCCCAAAGUGCAAUGCUGGGAUUAUAGGUGUGAGCCACCGCUCCUGGCCAUUGUAUUUUUUAUACUAAGCCUUCAAAAUAUGAUGUGGAUUUUACACCUACAGUGCAUCUCAGUUUGGACUAGCCCUACGUUUCAUCUGCUCAGAAACCGCAAGUGGCCAGUGGCUACUGUAUUGGAUAGUGGCUCUAGGUAGCUGAAAAGGAACGCUAUAGCCAACAUCCUAAGUCAUGUGCAUCUGAAUGUUUACCUUCCAGUGGGGCUCUCUAACACUCUUUUCCCUUUUACAGUGAGGCUUUGGUUAACUGGAGGCAUUUGUUAACUGCAGCUGCUUUUUGAGGGAAAGAUAUGCUUUAUUCCAAACUGAAUUUGCCGUGGUGAGGUUGUGCCUAUGCCUGUAACUCAGACCGUCAGGACCUCCCAUGUUAUCUGGUAUGCAAGCCAAAGGUGACAUGUUUCUCUGGGAAGAAAUGCUCUAAGUUCUAAGUCCCAUUCUGUUGUUACAAUUGAAGGCACUGCAGUAUUCAGAGUGACUCUAAUCUUGGCCCGGCAGCAGAGCAGGCGGGCCCUAUGCGGCUGAUGAGUGCUGUCGCAGGAAAAACGAGCCUUAGCACUUGGCAUUCUGCUUUUGGUAAGCCUUGGAGCAAGGAGAGCGUGCUAUCAGAAGGAGUCAUGGGAAUUUUAUGCCAUGGAAAUAGAAAAUGAAGAGCCAGCUGGGAGCCAACUUGUUGUAGAAUUUAAAGCAAAACCAUCAGGCAGCCGUGGCCUUUAGGAUUCAUGAAUUUUUCUGCCCAGAAACAGGGCUCCCACACCUUUGCCUAUGGAAGGCUUUCCAAAUUCGGACAUCAGUUUCCACCACCCAAGCAGAGAGAGGUGGUUGGCAAGACUGCUCAGAUAUUUGUAGAAUAUAGGAUAGGAAGCAAAGUAUAAUCCCCCUUGUUCAGCCCUCACUGAUCCUUCACCUGAUACACAAAGCCACACUGUUGCUUUCAGCCCUGCCUCUGUUAAAAACAAACUUAGUGAAACACUAAGUAACAUAUACAGAUGGUGGGGACUGGCUCUCACAAAGUUAAACAAUGUCUAACAAAGUUAUGAGAGCCAAUUUUAUUCAGGUGCCUUUGAAAUAUAGUUACUUUAAAACAAUUGAAGUAAUGCUUUCCAACAUAUCUCUCUAAUCCUCAGGGCCCUUUGAUUAAUAUUUUAUUAAUCCCAGUAGCAAUGUAUUUGAAAGGCAUAAAAUUGUAUCUUUAAAAUAAAUGUGUCAGUGUUCAGUUCCACAUGUUGAUUGGCUUUCAGCAAGUCUCUUAAACUUCCGGAACCUGUUUUCUUCCUAUAAAAUGGGAAUACAGGGCCGGGUGCAGUGGCUCAUGCCUGCAAUCUCAGCACUUUGGGAGGCCGAGGCUGGCGGGUCAUCUGAGGUUGGGAGUUCAAGACCAGCCUGGCCAGCAUGGUGAAACCCCGUCUUUAUGGGGAAAAAAAAAAAAAAAUUAGCCAGGUGUGGUGGCAGGCGGCUGUAAUCCCAGCUACUUGGGAAGCUGAGACAGAAGAAUUGCUUGAACCUGGGAGGCGGAGGUUGCAGCGGGCUGAGAUCAUGCCAUUGCACUCCAGCCUGGUCAGCAGAGUGAGAUUCCAUCUCAAAAUAAAAAAGAAAUACAGUAUGUCCUCACUUAACAUUAUCAAUAGGGUUUUGGAAACUGUGGCUUCAAGUGAAAUGAUGUAUAACAAAACCAGUUUUUUUCCCUCAUCAACAUUAUAAGGAAAAGACCUUAUCUGAGGACCCACUGUGUGUUGUUUUGCUUAAAAUCACAGUUUCCAUGAAAUUACUGCUGAUACGGAAUGAAAACUGACUGUAAUAACAAUCUGCUUCAUCAGAUUACACAAGAAAUUGUGUGUAGUGUGUACAACCUGCAGUAGGUGCCCAGCAAGUGGACUUUUACCCACCCAAAAAUAAUUUAUAUUGACCUUCUACUUGGUCAGGACAGGAUUUGUAGAAAAGCUGAGAUUGUGUGAUUUGCUUACAUGAAGGAAGAAGUUUUUAGAAUGGACAACUCUAGCUGCCACAGCAAUCCCUGAAAUUUCAGUGGCUUAACACAGUAUUUACUCACUGGUCACACACAGUCUGAUGCAAAUCAGGCAACCCUCCUCCAUCUUGCAGCUAAGCCAUGUGGAACAGGUGGCCCCUAGAAUCACAGCGGCAGGAGGCAAGUGGGUUUUUAAUGGCCUCAACUCAAAAGGGGCAACAUUGCUUCCUCUCAGUAUGCAUUGGCUAGAACUAGUCACGUGGCUCCAAAGCAGGGGAGACUGGGAAAUGUAGGGAAGUACAUGGGCUGUUUGGGAAGUACUGUCUGAUGCUGAGGGUUUGCUCCUUGGAUUCUAAUUUAUUCUCUGAUAUAGCAAUACAAUAGCCUAUUUAGACUCUUCCCACUGACAUUUUUUUUUUUUUUUGAGUUAGAGUCUCAUUCUGUUCCCCAGUCUGGAGUACAGCAGCAGAAUCGCAACUCACUGCAAACUUUGACUCCCAUUCUCCUGCCUCAGCCUCUUCGAUCUCUUCUAAAAAUAGUGUAUGCUACCAGAUCCAGCUAAAUUUUGUUUUCAGUAGAGACAGAGUUUCACCAUGUUGGCCAGGCUGGUCCCAAACUCCUGACCUCAAGUGAUCCACCUGCCUUGGCCUCUCAUGGUGCUAGGAUUACAAGCAUGAGCCACCAUGUCUGGCCAGUUUUUUCUCCUUAAUUCUUUUUUUUUUUUUUUUUGGUAGAGACUGGGGUGUUGCUAUGUUGCCCAAGCUGGUCUCCAACUCCUGGCCUCAAGUGAUCCUCUUUCCUUGGCCUCCCAAGGUGCUGGGAUUACAGGCAUGAGCCACUGCACCUGUCCCCUAUUCAUUUUUAAGUUUGCUUUCUGGGGUAGGUUUAUCUUUGCCAUUAACCUAGGUUUUACACCACUGGAAUUGAAGUAAAAUUAUCUCCCACGUCAAUUAGUCCAUUUUUACACUGCUAUAAAGAACUACCUGCGGGGCCAGAUACAGUGGCUCAUGCCUGUAAUCCCAGCACUUUGGAAGGUUGAGGUGGGUGGAUCACAAAGUUGGGAGUUCAAGACCAGCCUGGCUAAGAUGGCAAAAUACUGUCUCUACUAAAAAUAUAAAAAAUUAGCCAGGCAUGGUGGCAGGCACCUGAUCCCAGCUACUUGGGAGGUUAAGGCAGAGAAUUACUUGAACCUGGAGGCAGAGGUUGCAGUGAGCCGAGAUUGUGCCACUCCACUCCAGCCUGGGCAACAGAGCGAGAUGCUGUCUCAAAAAAAAAAAAGAACUACCAGAGAUUGGGUAAUUUCUGAAGAAAAGUUGUUUAACAAGAAGCAUCACUAGGGGGUCUCAGGAAACUUACAAUCAUAGCAGAAGGCCUUCUCACCAUGGCAGAGCAGGGGAGAGAGAGAACAAGGUGGGGAGUGCCAAGCACUUUUAAACCAUCAGAUCUUGUGAGAAUUCACUCGCUAUCAUGGAGAACAGCAAGGGGAAAUCCACCCGGAUGAUCCAAUCACCUCCCUCCAGGCCCUUCCCCCAGCAUGUGGGGAUUGCAAUUCGAGAUGAGAUUUGGGUGGGGACAUGAUAUGGUCUAUGGACACAAACCAGAUCGGGAGGUAAGCAGUGGCUUUCAGGAGUUAGCCGAGCAGUUGUAAUGGAUUUUUUUCCUUUGCUUAAGGGUGUUAGUUUGAAAUGAGUAUCCAGUGUAUAAAUCAGCUCUUGAUCUUUUAGACUGAAGGACUGUGGAAGGGACAACUCAUUUCAGUUAAAAUAGGCAUUUCCAGGCCGGGCAUGGAGGCCCAUACCUGUAAUCCCAACAUUUUGGGAGGCUGAGGCAGGAGGACCACUUCAACCCAGGAGUUAGGGACCAGCCUAUGCAACAAAGCAAAACCCUCAAAAAAUUUUUUUAAAAUUAGCUGGGUGUGGUUGUGCAUGCCUGUGGUCCCAGCUACUUAGGCUGGGUGGGAGGAUUGCUUGAGCCCAGGAGUUGAGGCUGCAGUGAGCUGCAGUCGCACCACUGCACUCCAGCCUGGACAACAGAGCAAGACCCUGUCUCUGAAAUAAAUAAAUAAAUAACAUUUUCAAAUAGCAGAUAUGAAUCAUCUUAAUUUUCCUGUGUUGAAUACUUUGCUUUGGAUUGAAUUGUUAGAGAAGUACAUCAAUAGCUAGCCACUGAGUUAAAAAUAUGUUAAUGUUUUUCCUAUGGAUUUCUCCUUUAGCAUUCUACCUCCCUUGGAAGCAUCUUGAAAACAAUGUGGGCUGCUGCACAGCUUUUUCUCCCUUGCAAAUUUUCUUUGGGAAAAGCCACAUUUCCCACCUAGCAUCACAGAGUGUGUUUUUCUUUAAUUUUGUAAUUUGCAGCUCUACAAAGACUCUAUUCAUAGGGACAAGGUGUGUAAGACAAUAAUUAUGUUUGUGGAACCUUGUCACAUUUUCUUAGAAAAUUAUUUUAGAGAACAGCCCUAAACCAAGACAUUGGGACUUGUGAUGAUUUUCAAAGAAAAUCAUGGGGCUCGUUAAUCCUUUGAUUCAAGACUAUUUAAAAAUCAUAUUUUCUAGUUUGACUAAUUGAAGAUUUCCCACUACAAUAAAUGGAAGAGACUUAUCAUUUGGUCAAGAUUUUAGUAGUGCUUAAUGUUUGCAUACCGCCCUACAGUUUUUAAACAAAAUCCAUUUACAUUCACUCAUUUAAUUACCCUUCAGGUUUUUCUAGAUAAGCAGAGUUUCCCAUGGGUGGAAUCCUUCCAUUCUUGGGAGUACUUUAUAGUUCCUCUUAGAUUUAUACAUUUCUAGUUGGCACAGCUUCUGCCGUUUAGAUGCAGGAAAUAGAGAAUGCCACUAGAGAGACAGAUGGAAAGACAAGAAACAGAUCCAAGUAUGUGCAAGUUCAUUUGUUCAUUGAUGCAUCCAUUCACUUAUCCAUUUAUUUAUUCAUCAUUCAUUAAACAAAUAGUCACUAAACACUAUGGCAGUGUCUCUCAUAGGAGGUAAUAAGAUGUUUAAAAGUAGAAUGCUGGAGUAGGGAAGCUUCCUUGUAAACAUUUGUUCAGACACUAAUUUUAAGUUUUUCACAAUUUUUUAAUCUAGGCAAUUGGGAAAUUAUAUAGUCAAUCUGGGUUUAUGUGGUAUAGCAGUGCUCUGUUUUCUGUUCUAACUUUGAAAAAACAAAACAGAAACAGAAUUGCCUAGUGAUUACAAUGGCACUAGCCUAGAUCAGCCAGCAUUUAGCUGACUCCCAGCCAGCAUUUAGAUGACUCCAGCAGCACCACCUGACUGACCCUACAAAGACUUAAAGGUAGUCCUAAAAUUAACAUAGCACCUUCUUUCUGGUCCAGGUAGAAGUAUAUGUUUAAAUGUUGCUAGCUCUGUGGUAGUGUCUGCUAUGGUGGCAGUAGCAAUGGGGACAGCUCUGUUGAGGAAGAGUGAGUGUUCCAGCUUUCCUACUGAUCUGGGAGGUACUGGGCGUGGAGGGUCUCAAUGUCAGAGAAAAUGCAGCCAGUAGACUAUGGUCUCUUAGUGGAAGACCAUGAGUUUGAGGAGUUCCUUGCCAAAGACUGGGCUGGCUUAGAUGAAGAUGAAGAGGCAUGUGUCUGGGAAGAUUAACCUAAACUUAAACUGCUUACUAAAUUCUAGGACAGAGAACCCAGGGUGAAACACUUGAAGAAGGUGUUUAUUGGCCGAGCGUGGUGGUUCACACCCAUAAUCCCACACUUAGGGAGGCUGAGGCGGGCAGAUCACCUGAGGUCAGGAGUUUGAGACCAGCCUGGUCAACAUGAUCAAACCCCGUCUCCACUAAAAAUACAAACAUUUAUCUGGAUGUGGUGCGGUGGUGGGUGCCUGUAAUCCCAGCUACUCAGGAAGCUGAGGCAGGAGAAUCACUUAAACUCGGGAGGCAAAGGCUGCAGUGAACCGAGAUUGCACCACUGCACUCCAGCCUGGUGCCUGAUGACAGGGCAAGACUGUGUCUCAAAAAAAAAACAAAAACAGAUUCUAAAGCAAGAAGUCCCCAGUUUAAACUCUUGCUCUGCCCCUUACUAACUGGGCAAACCUCAAACAGGUUCCUUAAUCUUCCUUGACUUCAGUUUUUUUCAUCUGUAAAAUAGAUACUUGUAGUAUCUACCUAAUACGGUUAUUGGCAAAUCAAAGGAGACAGAGUCUACUAAGCACCCCUUAUAUGCUUCAUAUCUGCUAACUACUCAGUAAUGUUUUCUGGAACUUGGUUUCUGUAUCAGGCAUUUUACUAGGUGCUAGGGCUUUCAGGGUAAACGCUGAUUCUACCUUCAGGAAAUUUUUACUCCAUCAGAGUUGGACCUUUAGACAAAUAACUGUUUCGUUGCAAUUCCAGUAAGUGCUAUAAAAGAGAAGAUCCAAUCCUAUGGAAAGGUGAAACAAGAAAAGCAACUUUCUUUCUGAACCCAGGAAAGGCGUCCUUGCUAAAUGGAUGACUCUGUGGGUGUAUUACCUUGAAAAACGAAGAGGUCUGAGCUGAUGAUUUCGUAUGUGAUAAAAGUGAUUUUUUCAAACAGGUUAAGAAAGGAUGAAUUAUUCAUUAAAUUAUGCUGGGAUAAGACAUUAACAUAGUGGAGAACAUUCUAAGUUUUCCUAUGUCACAUUCCAAAAUAAUGUUUAAGUUGAAUAAAGUACUAGAUGUAAGAAGUAAAACUAUAAAAGAACUAGAAAAGAUUGGGCACAGUGGCUCAUGCCUGUAAUCCCAGCACUUGGGACGCUGAAGCGGGCAGAUCAUCUGAGGUCAGAAGUUUGAGACCAGCCUGGCCAACAUGCUGAAACCCCAUCUCUACUAAAAAAUAGACUGGAGCCUCAUUUGUUGGGGUUUUUUAAUGUGUGUAUUUUCCAAGUUUUCAGAAAGGAAUGUAGCAGAAGAGAACAAAGAUGGAAAAGCAAUUAGAGACUCCUUGUAGCUUCCUGUGUUUACCAUUUUCUUGUCAAGGAAACGAGCUACAAAGGUGCCAAACCCGACCUUGUUUACCCUUGUUGCUGCCCACACUUAGGCACACUGUUGAUGCUUGUGGUUCUCAUUCUGCAUGCAAAAAUAUUAGUAAUACAUUAAAGAAGUGAAACUGGGCGGACAUGCAGAAAGUUUUAUGUCCCAGGACAUUUAAUUAGACAUUCUGGGCCAUUAAAAAAUAAUCCUAGAACAUUUCAAAGUAAAAAUUGUGAGUGGAGUGGCAGAAUGAUUGUGCUGAGUACCUGUUAGUGUGUCUUGACCUUGAAUCCUGGCAUGUGAUCCAUGGGUUUGGGAAUUGCGUGCAGCAGGUACACAGUGUACCUGAGAGGUAAUGAAGCCAGUGUUUUAAUAAGCCCUGCCAUACUUAGAAAUGCAAAUCCAUAUUCCUCCCUCCCACGAAGGGAGGUUAUAAAAUUAUUCCAAUACUUCUGAUAGCCACAAAGGCAGAAGGAAGCAUAGAAUAAGCUGCCUGUGGACCCAUCACCCAGUUUCAACAACUUCCUGCAUUUGCCAACUCAUUUCAUCUGUUUUCCUCCCACCUCAUUUAUUGUUUUUUUUUUAAUUUAAGGUAUCAUGUCAGUUCACCCAUAAAUACUUUCUCUCUUAUAUAUUUCACCCACAAAUAUACUCAUUUCUAACUGAUAAGCACACUUAAAAAAAUGUUUUAAUCUUACUUUUUAAGAGUAACAGGGUCUUGCUAUGUUGCCCAGGCUAGCCUCAAACUCCUGGGCUCAAGCCACCCUCCCUUCAGUCUCCCGAGUAACUGGGACUCCAGACUCACACCACCACACUCAACUAAAAUACACACUUUUCUAACUAGUCAACAUACCAUUAUGCCGCCUAACAAAAUGAGUGGCAAGCCCUCAAUAGCAUCUAACAUCCAGAUGGUAUCUUAACUUUUCUCAGCCGUUUCACUUUUCUCAGUCUCUGUUGUAGUCAGCUCCAUAUAUUAUAUUUGCUUAUGACAUUUUACAUCUUUUAAAAAAUAUUUGAAAACUUCCAUUGUUCAAGAGACUGCAUAUCAUUGCACUUCUAUGUGCAACAGAAGAAAACUAGAAUUUUUCCUUAUCAUCAUGCUUACUAUUAUACUCUUACUAAAGCCCUGUUAAUAUAGUUUGAUCAUCUUAUGUGUCAGACUCUUAACUCUGAAUGACCUCUGUCUUUUUCUUAUUUUUUUAUUUUAUUAUUAAAAUUAAAAAAAAAAAUAGAGACAAGAUCUUACUGUGUUGUCCACGCUGGUUUCAAACUCCUGGGCUCAAGCAGUCUUCCUGCCUCAGCCUUCUAAGUUGCUGGGAUGAGAGGUGUGAGUUACUGAACCCGGCCUCUGGCUUUUUCUAAAAAUUAUGUCCACUUCAGUGUCCACAUAUUUUCCACUAGUUAGGAUAAUUAAACUUACCUUCAGAUAGUGCUGUGGCAUCUCCAGGUGGAUUCAGAACAGGAGUCCCCAAACCAGCGGUAGGCAGUGAAUCACAGGGUGAUAGUCUCAGUGUGUCUGACUUGAAGGGUGGGUCCUCUUCCCUUGGUGUAACAUCAAAGACAGAUCUUAUCACCUCAUCGGCAUGACCUGAGUGAAUAAAUGCUGACUUGCU